AUGACCGACACCGUGAAAGAGAUCAGCGCAUUGGCCAAAGAAUUGAAAGCCAAUUUGAAACAAUUCCCAAAUUUCCCAAAAGAAGGCAUACUUUUCGAAGACUUUUUGCCGCUAUUUGCAGAUCCGCAACUAUUCAAUAAAUUGGUCACUGCGUUCAAAUUGCACGUUGGCGAUAAGAAGAUUGACUAUGUCAUUGGUUUGGAAAGUAGAGGCUUCUUGUUUGGACCAACGUUGGCCUUGGCCUUGAAUGCCGGCUUCAUCCCAGUGAGGAAACCAGGCAAAUUGCCCGGCCCCGUCUACAAAGUCGAGUUUCAAAAGGAAUACGGUGCAGAUGUGUUUGAGCUUCAAGAAGGGGUCAUUCCAAAGGGAGCAAAAGUCUUGAUUGUCGAUGAUAUCUUGGCCACUGGCGGUUCGGCUUUCGGUGCGGGUGAGUUGGCUCACAAGGCAGGUGCUGAAAUCGUGGAAUUCUUGUUCGUCAUGGAAUUGGACUUCUUGAAGGGAAGAGACAAGUUACAUGCUCCUGUAUUCACCUUAUUCGGUGGCCAAGAGGAGAAAUUCCAAACCUGA